AUGCAUAAAUCUGGAUUCCGAGAGAAGAUCUUGAUACGGAGUAAUUCAAGUGAUUAUGUUUCGCUCUCUAUUGACUUUGGUUCUAAUAAGGCACGAAUGUUUUCCAUUUCAGCCAUGACGACUGUGGAGCCCCAACAGACUGAAAAACCGGUUCAGUCGAAAAUCGGGAUAAUCUAUCCUCCACCGGAGGUCCGAAACAUUGUCGAUAAGACCGCCAGUUUCGUUGCUCGGAAUGGACCAGACUUCGAGUCUCGGAUUCGCCAAAACGAGAUCAAUAAUCCAAAGUUCAAUUUUCUCAACCCAGCGGAUCCCUAUCAUGCUUACUACCAGCACAAAGUACGUGAGUUUGCUGAGGGAAAGACAAGUGAACCUGCGGCUUUGAAACUCACAACACCAAGUGCUGCACGUCUUGGUCAAGACACUCCAAAGUCAAUUCAGGAGACUUUUAUUCCAAAGGAACCACCGUCCGAAUUCGAAUUUAUCUAUGACCCACCGUCAAUCAAUGCAAUGGAUAUCGACAUUAUCAAGCUGACAGCACAGUUUGUUGCACGAAAUGGACGGCAAUUUCUAACCCAAUUGAUGAACAGAGAGCAGCGUAACUACCAGUUUGAUUUUCUCAGGGCACAACACAGUAUGUUUGGCUACUUUACGAAGCUGGUUGAGCAAUAUACAAAAAUUUUAAUUCCCCCGAAAGAUAUCGCGGACAAAUUGAGCGAUGAACUGGAACACCCGAAACGUUUGCUUGAUGAUGUGAAGUAUCGGGUUGAAUGGCACAAGUAUCAGGAGCGGCAACGAAAACGCGAGGAAGAGGCGGCCGAAAGGGAGCGAGUUGCUUACGCCCUCAUUGAUUGGCACGAUUUUGUCGUUGUGGAAACAGUUGACUUCCAACCAAAUGAGGCGGGGAAUUUUCCAGUGCCCACUACACCCGACGAAGUUGGUGCUCGUAUGCUGGCUGAGGAACGAGGUAUGCAGUUGCCUCCUAAAGUUCCCGCUGCUCCACCUCCACCCCCUGGUUCUUUGGGUUUGAUGCCUGCAGACCUGGACGAGGAAGAUGAAGAUGAAGAAGGCGAUGAAGAGAGUGGGGAUGAUGAGAGAUUAUCUGACGCAGAAACUGCAGAUGUUCGAAUGCCAGAGCCGGUGUCCCUGGAAGCCAAACCUGUUUUAAGUGCCGCUCCUGAAACAGUUGAACCUUCACAUGCUAGGCCAGCGCAAUCGCCGUCCCCUCCACCUGCACCAGAAUUCAUGGAGGGGGAAGAUAUGGAGUUGUCAGAGGACGAGGAUCAAGCUCAACCAACUGAGGGUACCUUACCACAGAAGCAACCAGCCAAACAUCUGCCGCCCACAACAGAUCAGGUUAUAAUUCGGCCCGAUUACGAUCCAAAGGCUGUACGGUUAGCGAAACGUGAUGAAUCAGUCUUACUGGUUUCUCCGUUCACGGGAGAGAAAAUUCCUGCACAUCAAGCACCAAAACACAUUCGUGUUGGUCUUCUUGAUCCGAAAUGGGUGGAACAACGUGAUCGUGAGAUUCGUGAGAAAAGGGAACAGGAACAAGUGUAUGCUUCAGGCAGUCUGAUUGACAGCAGCCUGAAACAGUUAGCAGAACGGCGAACCGAUAUUUUCGGUGUGGGUGUGGAUGAAAUCCAAAUAGGUAAGAAGUUGGGUGAGGGGGAAUCGGUCAAAUCGGAUAAGUUGAUUUGGGAUGGACACGCUGCAUCUUCUGAUUUGAUUGUCAAACGAGCGAUGGAAGCUGUAACGGCGAAGGAUAAGCAGGAACUACUCGAAUUCCAAAUGAAGUUGGAUGCCGCACGUGACAAAAUUGGCCCGCAAGGUGGGACGACGCCUGCCGUGCCCAUGUUCCCUCCUGGUGUCAUCAAGCCUGGAAUGAUAAUUCAACCUCCGCAACCAGUCAGCAAUAUUGUAAAGACCAAUCCUCCCCCUCCCCCUCCACCACCACCACCACCGGGUUUGCUGAUGAUGUCGAAUGCACCCCCACCACCUUUGCCACCGUCUAUGUUCCCACCUGGAAUGCCACCACCACCCGGUUUGGCAAUGCCAAGCUUUAUGGCCCCACCUCCAGGCAUGCCACCACCACCUCCACCACCAGCUGUGUCCACUGCUGAUGGAGAACCGGAAGCCAAGCGACCAAGAGAGUAG